UCCUAUGCUCCCCCGCCUGGGUGUUUUUGCCCCUCUCUUGGCGUUGAACGCGGUAGUGGCCAUCCUGAGUGCCAGGCCUGGGGUUCUCGGUGUCCUUCCCCGGGUCACGGGCGAGGCGGCGACUUGACUUCUGGGCGCUAAGCCCGGGAGCGCGCGCAAGCGUCUUGCCGCCCCUGCUGCAGGUUCGCGUCCCGCUUUGCUCCUUGCGCAGUUCGGCUCGCGCCCGCCGGGACGGCCCGGGACUGACGGCCCCGGGACAGGGGUGACUGUCGCGGCUGCUGGAGCAGAGGCGAAGCUGAGGCCCGGGGAGAGGCGACAGCGGCGAGAGUGCCCGGGGAGAGGAGGAGGAGAGAAGAUGGCGUCGGAGAUGGAGCCUGAGGUGCAGGCCAUCGACCGCAGUUUGCUGGAAUGUUCUGCUGAGGAGAUCGCAGGGAAAUGGCUGCAAGCAACUGACCUCACCAGGGAAGUAUACCAGCAUUUAGCCCACUGUGUACCCAAAAUCUACUGCCGGGGUCCCAACCCUUUUCCCCAGAAAGAAGACACCCUGGCACAGCAUAUCUUGCUGGGACCCAUGGAGUGGUACAUCUGUGGUGAGGACCCUGCGCUGGGAUUUCCAAAGCUUGAGCAGGCGAACAAGCCUUCUCAUCUCUGUGGCCGAGUGUUUAAAGUGGGGGAACCUACAUACUCCUGCAGAGACUGCGCAGUCGACCCCACCUGUGUUUUGUGCAUGGAGUGCUUUUUGGGAAGUGUCCACAGAGAGCAUCGGUACAGGAUGACAACGUCAGGAGGUGGAGGCUUCUGUGACUGUGGUGACACUGAAGCCUGGAAAGAGGGUCCUUACUGUCGAAAGCAUGAACUUAACAGCUCGGAAGUUGUGGAAGAGGAGGACCCUCUUGUGCAUCUCUCAGAAGAUGUGAUAGCAAGAACUUAUGACGUCUUUGCUAUCAUGUUUCGAUAUGCAGUGGACAUCCUGACCUGGGAACAGGAAAGCGAAUUACCUGCAGGCUUAGAGGUGGCAGAGAAGAGUGACACCUACUACUGCAUGCUGUUUAACGAUGAGGUUCACACCUAUGAGCAAGUCAUCUAUACUCUUCAGAAAGCUGUUAACUGUACACAGAAGGAAGCCAUUGGCUUUGCAACGACUGUUGAUCGAGAUGGGCGUAGGUCUGUUCGAUAUGGAGAUUUCCAGUACUGUGAUCAAGCAAAAUCAGUCAUUGUGAGGAAUACCAGCAGACAGACCAAGCCACUCAAAGUUCAAGUUAUGCACUCGUCUGUGGCUGCUCAUCAGAAUUUCGGUCUGAAAGCUCUGUCUUGGCUGGGAAGUGUUAUUGGAUAUUCAGAUGGCCUUCGUCGGAUUUUGUGUCAAGUCGGAUUACAAGAAGGUCCAGAUGGAGAAAACUCUUCUCUGGUAGACAGACUGAUGCUCAAUGAUUCCAAGUUAUGGAAAGGCGCCAGGAGUGUGUACCAUCAGCUGUUCAUGAGCAGCCUGCUCAUGGAUCUCAAGUACAAGAAGCUGUUUGCUGUCCGAUUUGCAAAAAAUUACCAGCAGUUGCAGAGGGAUUUUAUGGAGGAUGAUCACGAGCGAGCAGUGUCGGUGACUGCUCUGUCUGUCCAGUUCUUCACCGCACCUACUCUGGCUCGAAUGCUCAUCACAGAAGAGAACCUGAUGACUGUUAUCAUCAAGGCUUUCAUGAACCAUCUGAAGCACAGAGAUGCCCAGGGCAGAUUCCAGUUUGAACGCUACACUGCCAUCCAAGCCUUCAAGUUCAGGAGAGUGCAGAGCCUUAUCUUAGAUCUCAAGUAUGUGUUGAUUAGCAAACCAACCGAGUGGUCGGAUGAGCUGAGGCAGAAGUUCCUAGAAGGGUUCGAUGCCUUUUUGGAGUUGCUGAAAUGCAUGCAGGGAAUGGACCCGAUCACACGUCAAGUAGGGCAGCACAUUGAGAUGGAGCCGGAGUGGGAAGCGGCCUUCACCCUGCAGAUGAAGCUGACGCAUGUGAUUUCAAUGGUGCAGGACUGGUGUGCCUUGGAUGAAAAAGUGUUAAUUGAAGCUUACAAGAAAUGCCUGGCUGUGCUGAUGCAGUGUCAUGGUGGCUUUACUGACGGUGAACAGCCGAUCACACUCAGCAUCUGUGGACACUCAGUGGAAACUAUCAGAUACUGUGUUUCCCAAGAAAAAGUCAGCAUCCACCUCCCGGUUUCUCGCUUGCUUGCAGGUUUGCAUGUAUUGUUGAGCAGAAGUGAAGUGGCGUAUAGAUUCCCAGAGCUCCUACCUCUAAGUGAACUGAGCCCACCCAUGUUGAUAGAGCAUCCUCUAAGAUGUCUUGUCUUAUGUGCCCAAGUGCAUGCUGGGAUGUGGAGAAGAAAUGGUUUCUCUCUAGUAAACCAGAUCUAUUACUACCAUAACGUGAAGUGCAGACGAGAGAUGUUCGACAAGGACAUCGUGAUGCUUCAGACAGGUGUCUCCAUGAUGGAUCCAAACCACUUCCUGAUGAUCAUGCUGAGCCGCUUCGAGCUCUAUCAGAUCUUCAGCACGCCUGACUAUGGGAAGAGGUUCAGUUCUGAGGUUACCCACAAGGACGUUGUUCAGCAGAACAACACACUAAUCGAGGAGAUGCUGUACCUCAUCAUCAUGCUUGUUGGAGAAAGAUUCAGCCCUGGGGUUGGACAGGUGAGUGCCACAGAUGAAAUCAAGCGGGAGAUUGUCCAUCAGCUGAGCAUCAAGCCCAUGGCUCACAGCGAGCUGGUCAAGUCUCUACCUGAAGACGAGAACAAGGAGACUGGCAUGGAGAGCGUCAUUGAAGCCGUUGCACAUUUCAAGAAGCCUGGGCUGACAGGACGAGGCAUGUACGAGCUGAAGCCAGAGUGCGCCAAAGACUUCAGCCUCUACUUCUAUCACUUCUCCAGGGCAGAGCAGGCCAAGGCAGAGGAAGCUCAACAGAAAUUGAAAAGACAAAAUAGGGAAGAUACAGCCCUUCCUCCUCCGGCGUUGCCACCGUUCUGCCCUCUAUUUGCAAGUCUGGUUAACAUUUUGCAGUGUGAUGUCAUGUUGUACAUCAUGGGAACAAUCCUCCAAUGGGCUGUAGAACAUCAUGGAUCCGCCUGGUCGGAGUCUAUGCUACAAAGGGUGCUGCAUUUGAUUGGCAUGGCCCUCCAAGAGGAGAAGCACCAUCUGGAAAACGCCGUGGAAGGUCACGUGGAGACGUUCACCUUCACCCAGAAGAUUUCAAAACCUGGUGAUGCGCCAAAUAAUUCCCCAAGUAUCCUAGCUAUGCUGGAGACGUUACAGAAUGCUCCCUCCCUGGAAGUCCACAAAGACAUGAUUAGGUGGUUGCUAAAGAUGUUUAAUGCAAUUAAGAAGAUAAGAGAAAGUUCAUCCACCAGUCCUGUGGCAGAGGCAGAAGGAGCCGUAAUGGAAGAGAGCUCAAGAGACAAAGACAAAGCAGAGAGGAAAAGGAAAGCUGAGAUUGCCAGACUGCGCCGCGAGAAGAUCAUGGCCCAGAUGUCAGAGAUGCAGCGGCACUUCAUUGACGAGAACAAAGAGCUCUUCCAGCAGACCAAAGAGCAGGACGCUGCUGCCACUGCCACUCUGGACAAGAGCCCUCUGGUCUCAGAUGCAGCACUCACAGCAUUGGGCCCAGCACAGACACAGGUCCCUGAGCAGAGACAAUUUGUCACCUGUAUAUUAUGUCAGGAGGAGCAAGAGGUGACUGUGGAGAGCAGGGCGAUGGUCUUGGCAGCAUUUGUCCAGAGGUCCACUGUACUGUCAAAAGACAGAAGCAAAUUCAUUGAGGAUCCAGAAAAUUAUGAUCCAUUAUUCAUGCACCCUGAUCUGUCUUGUGGAACACACACUGGCAGCUGUGGGCACGUUAUGCAUGCCCAUUGUUGGCAAAGGUAUUUUGAUUCCGUUCAAGCUAAAGAGCAGCGAAGGCAGCAGCGCCUGCGCCUGCACACUAGCUAUGAUGUGGAGAAUGGCGAAUUCCUCUGCCCGCUCUGUGGCUGCCUGAGCAACACCGUGAUCCCCCUGUUGCUUCCUCCACGGAGUGCCUUCAGCAGGAGGUUAAACUUUUCAGACCAACCAGAUCUGACACAAUGGAUUAGAACAACAUCUCAGCAGAUAAAAGUGAUCCGGGUGCUAAGGAAAGAAGAAAGUGCUGCAAACACUCUCUCUUCAGGGAACACAGAAGACGUGAAUGAAAUACAGGUCCCAGAAGGCUUCAGGCCUGAUUCUCAUCCUACGAACCCAUAUUCUGAUAGCAUAAAAGAAAUGUUGACGACAUUUGGAACAGCUACUUACAAGGUGGGGCUGAAGACUGAUCCCAAUGACGAGGACCCCCGCGUGCCCAUCAUGUGCUGGGGGAGCUGCGCAUACACGAUCCAGAGCAUAGAAAGAAUUCUGAGUGAUGAGGAGAAGCCUCUCUUCGGGCCUCUGCCUUGUAGACUGGACGACUGUCUCCGGUCAUUAACUCGAUUUGCAGCAGCACACUGGACAGUGGCAUCGCUUCCCGUGGUACAAGGACACUUCUGUAAACUCUUUGCAUCCCUGGUGCCUGGCAGCAGCUAUGAAGAGCUCCCGUGCAUAUUAGACAUCGACAUGUUUCAUUUGCUGGUGGGCCUGGUGCUCGCUUUCCCGGCUCUGCAGUGUCAGGAUUUUUCAGGAAGCAGCCUCGGCACUGGAGACCUGCACAUUUUCCAUCUGGUUACUGUGGCACACAUCGUACAGAUCCUGCUUACCUCAUGUACAGAAGACAAUGGCAUGGAUCAAGAAAAUCCCACUGGGGAAGAAGAACUGGCCAUUCUCUCUUUGCACAAAACACUUCGCCAGUAUACUGGAAGUGCCUUGGAAGAAGCCCCCUCUGGCUGGCAUCUGUGGAGAAGUGUCCGGGCUGGCAUCAUGCCUUUCCUCAACUGUUCUGCUUUAUUUUUCCAUUAUUUGAAUGGAGUCCCAGCCCCACCAGACCUUCAAGUCCCUGGAACAAGCCAUUUUGAGCAUUUAUGUAACUACCUUUCCCUGCCAACCAACCUCCUUCGCCUCUUUCAAGAAAGCAGUGAUAUCAUGAACUCUCUGAUUGAAAGUUGGUGCCAGAACAGUGAAGUUAAAAGCUAUCUGAAUGGCGAAAGAGGAGCAAUAAGCUACCCGAGAGAAGCUAACAAGCUGAUAGACCUGCCGGAGGACUACAGCAGCCUCAUUAACCAGGCGUCCAAUUUCUCGUGCCCCAAAUCAGGUGGUGAUAAAAGCAGAGCCCCAACUCUGUGCCUCGUGUGUGGAAGUCUCCUCUGCUCUCAGAGUUACUGCUGCCAGGACGAGCUGGAGGGGGAGGAUGUCGGAGCCUGCACAGCGCACACCUACUCCUGCGGCUCUGGGGCAGGCAUCUUCCUGAGAGUGCGGGAAUGUCAGGUGCUGUUUUUAGCUGGCAAAACCAAAGGAUGUUUUUAUUCUCCUCCUUACCUUGACGACUACGGGGAGACUGACCAGGGACUCAGACGAGGAAAUCCUUUACAUUUAUGCCAAGAGCGGUUUCGAAAGAUCCAGAAGCUCUGGCAACAGCACAGCAUCACAGAGGAGAUUGGACACGCGCAGGAGGCCAACCAGACCCUGGUCGGCAUCGAUUGGCAGCAUUUAUAACCACUCCUCUCCCGAAAACGUGACUCGGAGUUUGUAACCCAACUGGCUAUUCCAGAAAGACAACGGGAAAUAAGCUCGGCUGAAUCUAUUUUGAAAUAAAUUCUUUAUUUAAGUUCUUCUUCCCAGUUUUAUUUUUCUAGUUUCUGGCUCCAGGGACUGAUGAAAAUCAUUUUCUGCCAGAUUUUAUUGCUGUGUUCCUCAGAUGCCACCUGGGCUGAGCCUUCUCUAGGCCGGAACCCAGCUCCUCUGGAAGUCGCCUGCUUCAGUUGCCAGUCACCUGAGCCAUUCCACACCACCGAUUGUGUUGAACUUGCUGGCUGUCCAGCAGAGGCCACAGGAGCCCUGGGGCCCAUCAGGAUGACACAUCCCCCUUGGUGCCUCCUGCUGAAAUGCGGUCACCUCUGGGACUGGACCUCACCUCUAAGAGCUGAGCAGAGGAAUUUGAAGACAGGCUUCCCUUCUCUCCGUGGCCUAGAGGGCUGAGGAUGCUAACAGGAGAGCCUAGGGUGCAGAGCAGCUGGCUUUUUCAUGGCUGUAGAUGGUUGGUUUUUCUCUUCCUUUGUCAAGACAUUUGGCUUUGAGAGCAUUACUCAGUUAAAGGGCUUUUUGAAACAUAAGGACCUCCUAGGCU